AUGCUGAGAAAUCUCCGGUCCCGGCGACGCCCCCGCUACGGCGGCUUCGCCUGCGUCGUCGUUUCAGCGCUUCUCAUCAUGCUCUCGGUAUCCGUCCUCCUCCGCUACAUCCCCCCACACCGACGCUAUCCCUCUCACGAGGUGAAUUACGACUCCCUCCUCUCCGAUUCCGCGAACGACGACGCCACCGGCGGCGAGGACACCAUCGACGCGCUCGACGUGGUGGAGGAACAACCCACGGACGCGGAAGAAGACGACGAUCCCUCAAUAGAGGAGCAGAACAACGCUUCAGGGUACUUCUUCUACCACGUGGAAGGCGUGAUCCGAAGAGCGUUCAGCAAGCGCUCGAUGAUGGAGCAGUGGGACGAGGAAGUUUGGUUGUUCCCGGCGGUGGCGGAGGAUUCCGGUAGGGGUGCGUUUGGGUCGGAUGAUGUGGCGGUGGAGGAACGGGUGAGGAUGAAGGCGAUUGAGGUGAAGGGGGUGGAGGAUGCGCUUUUGUUGAAGGUGGGGAAGAUGGUUUCGCCGUUGAGGGAAGGUUGGGGUGAUUGGUUUGAUAAGAAGGGUGACUAUUUGAGGAAGGAUAAGAUGUUGAGGUCCAAUUUGGAGGGUUUGAAUCCUCUGCAUAAUCCCAUUCUUCAAGACCCUGAUGCUGUUGGUCUCACUGGACUCACUAAGGCUGAUAAGCUUUUGCAUAAGUCCUUCUUGAAUGAAUUCAAGACACACCCAUUUCCUCCUAGGAAGAUGAUGAUGACUAGGGACCCCAACUUGUAG